UUUCCAAGAGUUUUCUGUUUAUUCUCAAGGGCCUAAGCCUCUCCUUCCUUGACCUUAUGCGAAACAUUGCUCGUUCUGCUUUCGAACGAGAAAAGAAACACUGCAACCUUAUUUAUUCCAAUGAUCAGUGCUAACGUAGCACGAUGGAAAAUUUAGCACGUGAACGUAAUUGUUUAAUUGGGUAAUCAAUAAAUGAGAUCGUUAAAGAACGUAAUGAUAUCGACAUCCACUUUGCGACGUCAACUUAUUAUGUAGAUUAAGGCAUCUUUGCCUUCCCAUUCCUCUAAUUUUAAAAAUGUUUUCAACAUUUUGUGCUAAUAUUUGCUUAAAAUGGACCUCAUACAGCCAAUCAAUAUCCGUCUAUGUUUUUCCAGUCAGAGUUUUUUCACAACACAGUCAUAGGGACAAAAUAUUCCACACACACUGAUACAUGUUCGGAUGUUUGAAUCAUAUCGUGUUCAAUAAUAGAGAUCAGAAUUGAUUUUCUCUACCUCCAAGUUCUUGAUUUUGAAUCAUAUCAUGUAUUGAAUGAUAACUUCUAAUAGAAGAUGUUUGCAAAAGAAGUGAGAGAAUUAGCUCAGAACUUUUUCGGUCUGUUUACAAUUCUUGUUCUCAUUGUAAUUUUUGUGAGAAACAAGUAGAAACAAGAAAUGAAAGCAGAUCAUACAUAAUAUAUAACUUAAGUAAGGUAAAGGAAAUUUGAAUGUUAGGAAGUUAGGUGUUAUGAAAAUUACUGUUUUACUGGUCCAUAAUAAGUGCUUAUUUCCAUAUAGACAGAGGUGACUCGCAGGACAGCUUUAAGUUGCACUCUGAAUUUCAUGGUUAAAUGAUGAUCAUCAGGCAACUGUGCCAAAUCAAAUAACGGUUUUAAAUGCAUUUGAUUCGUCCCUUAGGAAUAAUUUUCUUUUAAGAUAUUUCAGGUUGAAGUAUUUCCCAGAACCUGAUUCAACUAAAGCUGUUAACAUCAAACUAAGAUUAUUAUAUAUUAUAAUUAGGGAGGGAAGUUGACUUUCAAAUGACUGAUUCAUUUUGCAUCAGUGCAAGUUGUGAAUUUUCAUAGCAAGAUCAAGGAUCAUAACAGGUAGAUUAUUGAGCAAGAUUUACAUGCAUUAUUUGCUGAUUUGAUAUUUAUGAGUUUGGUCAAUCCAGCAGGUUGAACUUCUCAGGUAACAGCUUCCUGUGAAAGAGAAUAAUUGGUCUAACAGACCAAAAGUUUUUUGCUUGCACUGCCUUGAUAUAUGCAGCCUAGCAGCUUAUUCUGAUAAGGCCCUAGCACCUUGGUCUGUAUAUGACCUUUUUAGGAAAUGAUUUUAUCUUUCUUGGAUUAUCCAAAUUGUGCAGUUAAUAACAUUUCGAAACAAAUUUUGACACAAAAAUGGUUCCCUAAAUCAAUGCUUUCAUGUCCAAACUCUAGGAAAAAUAAUCAUUUUUUUUUCUAUACAUCUUUGAUUAGCCAUAUUCCGUUUUUUUAUUAUUGUAAAUUUUACUAUAUAAAGCGUUUUAAUUUUGUAAGUAGUUGUUUUUGCAGGCUCAAUUGUAAAACAGUAUUUAGACUGAACUUGUACCCUGGGUAAAUAAUUUUAAAGUAAAAAAAAAUAAAUAAAUAAAACAUGACAUUUUAGACUGUGCUGUGAUGAAUCCAUCAUGAUCAAGAAUUGCCAAAAUAAGAUGCUUAUUCUAUUAUUUGAACAGCUUCGCCAUUCAGAUAAAAAAAAAUAUUCUAUUAACCUUUAUAAACAUGAUCAGAACAAGAUUUGUAGGGUUCGGGAGCAAAGGGUUGUAGGCCUAUCUAAGUGGAGAAAAAAUACUCUGCAUGACACCUUUCUUACUACAAUAUUAACCAAACAGCAAAAUCUAUCAUGAAAGUAUGUGUAGUAAUCUCUCUGCACACCAGUUUUUAUGCCUAACAAAGUUGAAAUAUACUUUGAAACCUGUCUUGUGACAUCAUAGGGGUAAGAAAAUCAAAAUUAUCAAAGUCCUUUGUUGCUAACAAGCAUUCCAUUUUGUUUCUUUUGUCAAUGUUUAGCAAUUUCCCCUACUUUAAAAAUUCUCAAUUCCCAACUUGCCCCAAGUUCUAUUGAUUUAUCAAAGCCAAAAUAAAGGAUAAGUCCCAUAUAUUUUCCAAGGGGCCUCCCCCAGACCCCAUUAUGUAUCUUCACCACGGUUGCCAAGAUUCAGCCAGGCCUUGGGGUAGAGCUUGAGACAGACACUGUACUGACCAGCCAUGCAAAUAUUUCUAUGAGCCCCCUUUGGGGCUCAGGCUCUGGGGUUCUGGUGUUGCACAAUUAUUUCACUCUGCAAGAGAAACUACAAGAAAAAAUACAAGGAAUUUGAGAAAUUAGUUAAGGAACAUUUUCGAUGAUGUUUAUUUUACCUGAAACUUUGAAUGUAUUUAGGUAAACCUGCUCUUUUUAUAUCUGGAUUCUUACUUUUAUUGGAUCCAUUUUUAACUGUUUAUAAUUAGUGAAUUAGCAUUAAGGCAUAGGAAACAGGACACACAUUAAUAACAGCAGUUUUAACUUGUCAAAGUGUAUAUCCUGUAUAAAUAUUUGUCUUAUUAUUAUUAUUAUUAUUAUUAUUAUUAUUAUUAUUAUUAUUAUUAUUAUUAUUAUUGACCACCCAGACAAAUAUUUCUACGAGCCCCCUUUGGGGCUCUGGGGUUCUGGUGCUAGCAAUACCCAUUUUGAUGCCUCUACCAUAAUGAUGUCAACUGUCUUUUGUAGAGCGCUAUUAGACACAUACUAUUUUUUAUUGCAAGCUACCUAAAUGAAGCUCAAGAAAGUUGUGACCAUCAUUUCAACUAUAAGUGAUGCUUCUAUUUAUAAAAAAAAUAGAACAAUUUGAUUAAAAAAUACUAUGUGUAUAUGUGAAAGUCUCUCAAAAUCUGAUCUAAUUUUUUGUGUUCUUAUUUUUUGAUUAUUCAAUAUGGAAAAAAACUUUUUGACCCUCCCUUACCAACUUAGUAUCUUAUAAUUUUUAAGAAAUUUUAAAGAACUUUUAAUUGUAUCCAAGUGAAGAAAUUUUUUCCUCUUGGAUAAGAGAUUAUGAUUUGGUAUUAUAAGUUUCUUAUCCUUUGAUACUUAUGUGACAAGGUCUUAAAUAGGUAGAUUUUUUAUAUUAAUUCAGUGUUUUUUCAAAUUUUGUUCAGUGUAUCAGGAAAUUUUUAACACUGUCAGUAUAAAAUUAUUAAAGAUCUGUUGUUUAGGUUUCCAAGCAUUUUCUUGAAACCGAUCAUAUGGGAUAUUUGUUCUGUAGCCUUCAUUGUCUUGUGGAUUCAGCAAAUUUUGCAAAAAAUACUUUUGAAACAUUUAUGAAACAAAUUGAUGAUAUUGUAUUGUUUUAAUUUAUUGAGCGGUAGCCAGUGUUUUUCCUAAAUCUUUCGUCAGUAACCUAGCAAAGCUUUGUUGCACCUGCGCGAAAAUCCUUUUCAACAUGGCAGCUGUGAGGUAAGUUAUUCUCAAGCUUAACAAUGCUUUGUUCUUAUCAAAUACAAGCCAUCUAGACAGAAGAAGGCUGCAACACAUGGUUUAUAGAAUUGAUGUGAAUGUGCAAAACCAGAUUCUGUAAAAGGCCUAAGAAAAACUGAUUAGAAUGUUGCUGUUAAACUUAAAAAGUCCGUAUAACUGAUUCGAUAAUUGUUGAGCGAAAAUGAAGACGAUUUCGCAGAAGUCGAACGAAGAAACUCCAAUAUCCAGACGUUGAUGCUGAUUAAAAUGAGCAGCAAAACCAUGCCAAAAAUGAGACUCCCGAUACCUUUAAGGAAGGCCAUGUCAGUCCCACAUUCUGAUACGCCGUCACAUGUGGAGGGAAGAGCUGAAAAUUGGUUUCAAAACGCAAGGAAACAGGUUUUUCCGGAUAAAGUUGACUGGAGCACAUCUGCCGUAAAUGGCGGACAUAUUUGGCUGGAUGCCGAUGCUUCUGGUUGCCAUAUCCAAGACUGCAAGAAAUCGGGAAACAGGAAAAAAUGUGCAAGCUGUAAAGUUUUGGUUCAUGAAAAAUGCAUUGAGCAGCUAGAAAGGAUAAACAGCUGCAAGUGCAGGCCAACUUUUGUCGAAGGAUCAGCUGCAACGUUGAAGCUGCCGUUUCCACUUCACCAUGUAGCGCAUCGACGGAAACAGGACGGCAAAUGUGAUACAUGUGGCAAAUAUUUUCAAUCAAUGUUAUCAUUCCAAUCUGCCAAGGACAUGAUUGCAGUAAAUUGCUCUUGGUGCAAAAAAGCUGUCCACAAUAAACCAGAGUGUUCCAAGGAUAUGUAUAUGGAUGAAAAAUGUACCCUUGGAAUGCACCACAGAUUGAUAGUGCCGCCAUCUUGGAUUGUGAAGCUUCCUCCUCGUAAGUACUCAACAACGAUGCCGGGUAAACAACGGAGGGCCACACGAAGGCGGUCGAGUAGGGAAAGACGUGCUUUUGUGAUCAAGCCUAUACCGGGAAGCGAGGAUAAGAUUCCAAUAAUUGUCUUUGUGAACCCAAAAAGUGGUGGAAAUCAGGGAACGAAAAUUAUGGAGAAAUUUCAGUGGCUACUCAACCCAAGACAGGUUUUUGACCUAAUGUCUGAUGGUGGACCAAGGUUUGGGUUGGAAUUGUAUAGAAAAGUACCUAAUCUUCGAAUUCUCGUCUGUGGUGGAGAUGGUUCUGUGGGCUGGGUCCUGUCAGAAAUCGACCGUCUCAAAAUGAAUCCAACGCCCCCGGUCGCCAUUUUGCCGUUAGGAACUGGAAACGACUUGUCAAGAUUCCUUGGAUGGGGUGGUGGAUAUACCGAUGAGCCUCUUUCUCGAAUUUUAACUCAAAUCGAGAGUGGUGUUGUUGAGAAGCUAGACAGGUGGAAUUUGGAUGUACGAUCAAUCCAAAGAUCUCCUGAUGAAGCUGACACUGGGGAGGAGGCACAAAGCAAGCUCCCCUUAAACGUGAUGAAUAACUAUUUCAGUCUUGGUGCUGAUGCUGAUGUUUGUUUAGAAUUCCACGAAUCGAGAGAAGCUAACCCAGACAAAUUUACAAGCCGAUUUCGAAAUCUUGUUUUUUACGGAAAGGCUGGUGGAAGGCAGGUUCUACAGAGCAAAUUUAAGGAUUUACAUAAAGGCAUUGAUCAAUUGAUUUGUGAUGGCCGAGAUUUAACUGAGCGUAUUCAUGAAUUAAAACCCGUUUGUAUCCUGUUUUUAAACAUUUCAAAAUACAGUGCUGGCACAUCACCUUGGGGACAUCCCACUGGCGGGGAUUUUCUGCCUCAAAGUUGUGACGAUGGCUACAUCGAAGUAAUUGGUUUUACCUCAACAUCGAUGGUUGCAACGCAAUGUGGUGGACAUGGCGUUCGCAUUGACCAAUGCAGCCAAGCCAUGCUAUACACUAACAAGUCGAUAACAAUGCAGGUCGAUGGAGAGCCAUGUCGACUCAAGCCAUCUCGGAUUCACUUAAAACAGAGGAAUAAAUCGAAUAUGAUUUUUAAAAAAAAGCAUCAAAGAUUUUAUAAUUCCCCGCAAGAAUCACAAGUUGUUUCUUCGAAAAAAUUGAAUCUAAGAAUAAAUUAUUUGACCUUCGUUCAGUAUGAAAAAUUAGUUAGAUACGACAUCGAAGAAUUAAAAAGUGUUGCUGAUCCUAUUUGGACAUUGUCACUGGUUGAUCUCGAAAGCCCGCUCGAUGAGCUGCGUCAAUAUAUCGAAAAUCUAAGGCAAUCGCAGGAAGAAAUAAAGUCAAAACUUUCAGAUCAAUGGUGCUUUUUGGAUGCUACCUGGCCAACUAGGAUCUACAGGAUAGAUGAAGCGCAGGAGAACCUCAUGUUAGUAGGGGAUGUCGUUGAAGAUGGAAUACAUGUUCUUGAUCUUUCGAGAAAGGAGGGCUCCUUCACCGAUUCCUUUUCAGUAUCUUCUACUCUAAAAAACGCCUCAGGUUGGCGAGAAUCCUCCACAAUUGAUUACCACGACAGGCCAUCUCCAAUGCGGCGGAUAUCAUCUCCAACACUUUAUGAAUUUCACAAUGCAAAGGACACCGUGUCUACAACCAGGGUAUUAUGGGAAUCCCACCCAGAGGACAGCGAUGAUGACUUUACCGAGAGCAGCGAAGGAGAACCGGAAAUUGACGAGAAUGACGAACCUACUACAGAAAAACGAGGUGAAAAUGGUGAGAAUGAGGAAGAUACCGAGUUAAGCAGUCGAGAAUGCAGUCCUCGGCCGAUGCCCUCUUCGCCAGUUUCAAAACACAACGGUCUAGCAAAUGGUAUUGAUAACAUAGCUCGACUGGAUACAGAGGAAAAGAAACAAUUGCUUUUGGCAGCUGCAAAGAAAGGGAAUUUGCAAACGUUCGUGGCAUUACACCAAGCCGAUGCAAGCCUUCUUUGGUGUGAUAACCGUGGUUACACAGUUUUACAUCUGGCUGCUAAGCACGGUCACAAGGAGAUUGUCAAACAUAUAAUUGCAAAUGUGUCGAAAUGUGCAUUGGAUCUAGUUGACGAUGAAAAGUGUCAAACCCCUUUGCACAAAGCAGCCUCGCGUCAAAGAAGAACCAUAUGCCGGAUGCUAGUAAACGCGGGUGCCUCGCUUACGAGAAAGGAUCACGUGGGAAAUACUCCCAGAUUACUAGCUCUGAAAGCCAAAGAUAGCGACCUGGCAAAAUUUCUUGAAAAUCAAGAGAGACUGCAAAUAAUUGCUUCUGAUGAUCAUGAGACAGCCGUGUGAUAUCAUCAGCUAUACUCCAGAUUUGCAUUACUCGAUUGCAGACUGCUAGAAUUUCAUUCCAUGAUCAUUAUGCUCUACAUGCAUCUACCCUUUUGUUCAAAAUGGUCCCUUUUUUAUUUUUGUAUUGCAGUAUUUUAAAACAGCAGGAAUGGCAAAAGAAAUAAAAGCGUCGUGUAAGAAGGGCUGGGGCAAAUGUCUACCUUAGCAUCAUACGGUCGUUAGUUUUGAGUUUUGUCCUAGAUUAACCAUUUAUGUCAAUCGCAUCUUAUCGAAAGGUUUUAUUUCGGUUCUUGUGUCACUCACUAUUCAAUAAUGUCAGAUAGUCCAGCAUUUUUAGGCUUUGUCUGAAAAGCAUUACCCUUUAAAAGACAUUCCUUUGCAAAUCUGAAGCCAUGGUGUUCCUGAACAUCUGAACUCCCUCACUGUUGUAAUAUUUUUCAAUAUACUGGGUCCCAAGGUUUAAUUUUUAGGAGCUGUUUACACAUGUCCUGACCAGCUCUAAGCAGCCUAAGGGGCAAUUCCAUUUGUAUGCACUACUCCUUCGAAUAUUUACAUGAUAUCAGCAGUCAAUUCAGUUCUUCCAACCCUGGUAGCCUAACUAUCAGCUAUGUAGGGCUGGCCCGCUGAGACGGGUUCUCUUUUCACUAAAUUUGUUUAUGUAUUGUCGGGGGGACUCAGUCCAUGGUUAUCUAUGCGCAUUGAAUAGUUAGCCCAAGCUAAUUUUCUAGCGCCAAACCUAAUGCCGAUGCUAUUGAAUUGUUUUUCUUGGGUUAGGCCAACGCUACCUGGUUGCUACCUUUGUUUUUGUGUGUAGAUAACAAUCUGCAGCUGUCCUCCCGUCCCUAACAAAUGUUUAUAUAGGCCUUGAAACUGUUACUGUUGUCGCAAUAACAAAAACACAACGUAAUGCUAUCUCCAUUUGAUUGGACCCACGGUAAGCAGCGGAAGAUUAAUAGUAACAGAGUAGCAGGCUUCUUCAAUUUUUAAGAUUAAAUUUUCCUACUAUUUAUCUCCAUAAUGGUCAGGUUAUUAUGAAACCAAAAUUUAUCCCCACGAUCUCAGGCCCCUUGGAUAGUGAAUCUUGAGCUUACAAUUGAAACUGGCUCGGGUGGGGUUAACCUUCCCCUUAAAGAAGCUGUCCUGGGCUCUUAUAAGCGUAAAUAGGUUUCUUUUUUUGGGUUGAGCUGAACAGGAAGCCAACCCGGGCUCGUGUAAACGACGUUGUGGUAACAAUCUGAGUUUAAGGUGAAUCGAUUCGGUAUUUUAAAUGAAAAUAUGAAGCUCGUUUGAUAAGCCUAUGAAACCAACUAGAUUUGUAUGAUAUACUGGAAGAUAAUCGCAUAUGUUAUAAGCUACGUAGAAGCAUCAAAGAAAUUAUUGUCACUUUAAGCACACUUUGCGUUGCUUUUGUUCGAAAUUCUUUUUAAUGCUGGUAGAUUCAAUUUUUACAUUCCUCAGUAGAAUAUUAAACUGUUCGUAGUGUAUAUGCUGAUGAUACAGUAAAAUCUAGCUAUAUUAGAAUUAUUUCUUCUGAAAAUGAUAAUUUUAGAACGCAAAA